GGGGGCGAGCAUGGCGCAGGCGGGCCGCGCGGGCUACGACCACCGGGAGAUCGUGCUGCAGUACAUCCACUACAAGCUGGCACAGCGCGGCUACGAGUGGGACGCGGGGGACGCAGGUGCCGCCCCCGCCGCGGGCAUCUUCUCCUCCCCGCAGCCCGCGCGCAUAGCCGCGCGCGCGGCCCGGACCUCGCCGGCCCCGGGUGCCAACGCCGCCACCAACGCCAAUGCCAACGCCAACGCCAACGCCUGGCCCGGCCCGGUGCCCGCCGAGGUCCACCUGACCCUGCGCCAGGCCGGCGACGACUUCUCCCGCCGCUACCGCCGCGACUUCGCCGAGAUGUCCAGCCAGCUGCACCUGACGCCCGUCACGGCCAGGGGUCGCUUCGCCACGGUGGUGGAGGAGCUCUUCAGGGACGGGGUGAACUGGGGCCGCAUCGUGGCCUUCUUCGAGUUCGGCGGGGUCAUGUGCGUGGAGAGUGUCAACCGCGAGAUGUCGCCCCUGGUGGACAGCAUCGCCCUGUGGAUGACCGAGUACCUCAAUGACGACCUGCACACCUGGAUCCAGGAGAACGGCGGCUGGGACGCCUUUGUGGAGCUGUACGGCCCCAGCAUGCGGCCGCUGUUCGAUUUCUCCUGGCUGUCUCUGAAGGCCCUUCUCAGCCUGGCUCUGGUGGGUGCCUGCAUCACCCUAGGUGCCUACCUGGGCCACAAGUGAAGGAGAGGGUCACAGGCCGCAACCCACAUGUAUGCAAGAGGUUCCAGAAGCAGUUGCCAUCAGAGGCAUGGGCCGCCACACACCAUGACAACAACAACAUCACAACAUGAAGCUGUGCUCUCUUACAAACAAAAGGAAAUCAAGCAAAAGACAGCAUUCGGGCUACUGUCAAAUCAGCUAUUUACUGCCAAAGGGAAAUACCAUUUAUUUUUUACAUUAUGAAGAAAAUAAAAAAUAAAAAAAAAAGAUUUAUUUAUUUAAGAAAAACCGCGGGGCCCCUGGAGCCCGCCCUCUCGAUGCCAAGCCCGCCUGCUGCGUCUCUCCCUGUACCUCCAUCUCCUGUGCCUCUCCGCGUGGCGGGUACCCCAGUUGUUGGUGUCCGAGCCCCCAUCUGCAGCACAGACAGACCCACCAAGCCUUCGAGGGGCUGGGGAACAGGCA